AUGAGAGAGAGAGUGAGUUUUAGAGUGAGUGAAGCAGUGAAAGAGCGAGAGAGUGAUUGCGAGAAUGAGAUCGGAGCUGGUUCGGCCGGUAGUAUUGUAGCUACCCGAUUAUCGGAGGAUAAUGAAAAUUCAGUUCUUUUGUUGGAAGCUGGGAAAUCGGACUUGGAACCUGAUGACAUUACCCAAAUACCCUCUUUGUGGUAUUCCCUUAUAGGUUCUGAGAAAGAUUGGGGAUAUAAAUCAGUAUCACAAAAAUAUUCACAUUUUGCUUACCAAAAUGAGAGAGGUUACAUAGCACAAGGCAAAGUGCUGGGAGGAUCAUCGUCAAUAAAUUCUAUAAACAUACUCAGAGGCAGUCGUAGCAACUAUGAUAAAUGGAAGCAAGAAGGAGCACCCGGAUGGGGAUAUGAUGAUGUACUGCCCUACUUCAGAAAGCUUGAAAAUGUUACAGAGACAUCAUACAAAGACUCACGUAAUUAA